AUGGAUACUCUUCUCUUCUCAGGGGGAAAUAUAAUCCUCGCAAGUGUGACACCGUGGAUCUCCCUAUGCAUCAAGGAAGGCGUAGAGGACGACCUUAGGAUACAUACGAGUAAUGGGGAACGUCAGCAUCUAAGACGCCUACAACUGAGCGAAAAGGAUCGUUCUCUUCGGCUUUCAGAAAAUGCUUUACGUCAACGUCGAAGACGUUUAGAAGAGACCCCUGAGGAGCAGUCAACUCGCCUAGAAAAAAACUCUGCGCGUCAACGUCGAAGACGCUUGGCGGAGUCUACAGAUGGACGGUCGAUCCGCCUUGCAGGAAACGCCGCACGUCAACGCGAGAGACGUUUGCUGGAGAACCCCGAAAAACGGUGGACUCGCCUUGCAGAAAGCGCUGCGCGUCAACGUAGGAGGCGCUUACUGGAAACCCUUGAAGAAUGA